CUCCAAAGUCCUCUGAAAAAGUUUGCAUAGCCCACUGUAUUAAAGUAAGAUCAUAUAAAGACGAUAUUAGUGUCAGACCCAUAGAAACGUCUAUAUUUAGUUGUUGCCAUGUGUCUCAUGGGCAUUUUGACCUGAUGGUCAGACGAUCCGACAAAUGUCGUUCUGCCUGUAACUUAAGGACACGCCUCUUCGCCGAAUGGAGUGGACCGCGCCAUAACGUAAAGUCCUAUCUACGUAGGAUGAACAUUUACAUUUUUUAUUAUAUAGCAUUUUACAUAACAUAUUAUUGUACGUUUAAUCCAUGCCAGAAACUAUGACGCGAGAAGAGGAGUUAAUUCGGAUUGCAAAAAAACUGGACAAGAUGGUGUCUAGAAAUAACACGGAGGGUGCCCUGGACCUGCUGAAUGAACUGAAGAGCUUCAACAUGACGCUGAAACUUCUGCAGGAAACGAGGAUCGGCAUGUCUGUGAAUGGAAUCAGGAAGCACUGCACAGACGACGUGGUCGUUUCCCUGGCCAAGAUCCUCAUCAAGGACUGGAAGAGACUGCUGGAUGCUGCACGUACUCAGAGUACUGAGAGGCCCAAUGAGAUGAAGAAUGGGGUUGACUCCAACAAAGCCACAGGGUCCCCAGUCAGGUCCCCUUUAGAGAAAGACACCAGGAGAGAUUCUUCAGACACUCUGUCUCCUUCUCAUCCUCGUCCCACCCCUCCGUCCAGAUGUCACUCAGUGAAGGAGAAGAAAGAGAGGAAAAAAGCUCCUCCUGACCCUAAUGCCCCACUUCCUCCUCAUCCUUAUCCUUCUAUGCCCACUGCAGCAGAGGUCAAGGAGAGAAAAUACUCCGAUAGCAUAGUGCCCAAAAGACCAUCUGUUGAUGCCAAGGAAGAAAGAAAGGAUUUGUCAGAUUCCAAACCAAAACCUGCUAAAAGGCCAAGUCUGGAUGGCAAGAAAGACAGAAAGGACUCCACUGACUCCAAGCACAGUCUUUCUGUGAAACGUCAUUCGACUGACUCCAAAUCAGACAGGAGGGACUCAAUGGGUUCCAAGACUAGCAGCUCACCCUCAGCUAAGAAGCUCCCUAGUGAGACGAAAGAAUCUCAUGGCUCCAAGUCCUCUCACCCUGGCCCUCUGCAGAGAAAGUCCUCAACGGACAGUAUUGAACGGAGAAAGAAAGAGAUGCCAAAGAUCCCCACCACCCCCGCCAGUCCCAUGUCCCCCUCCUUCAGCUCAGCAGGGGUUCCCCUGUCCCCUUGCCUGGCCACUGGAGAAACCAUCAGGGACAAAUGCAUCGAGAUGCUGGCUGCAGCUCUACGCACAGAUGAUAACUUCAAAGAAUUUGGGACAAACUGUGACUCAAUGGCAGCAGAGAUUGAAGAUCAUAUUUACAAGGAGAUGGGAGCCACAGAUAUGAAGUAUAAAAACAGGGUGCGGAGCCGCAUCAGCAACCUGAAGGACUCCAAAAACCCUGGGCUGCGGAGGAACGUCCUGGCUGGAGGCAUAGAGCUGAGACGCUUCGCCAUCAUGUCUGCUGAGGAGAUGGCUAGUGAUGAGCUGAAGCAGCUGAGGAACAAUCUGACUAAGGAGGCCAUUAGGGAACACCAGCUGUCCAAAACCAGCGGUACCAUUUCUGAUCUGUUUCAGUGCAGCAAGUGCAAAAAAAAGAACUGCACCUACAACCAGAUGCAGACCCGCAGCGCUGACGAGCCUAUGACCACUUUUGUCCUCUGUAACGAGUGCGGGAACCGCUGGAAGUUCUGCUGAUGUGGCCCAGCUCCAAUGACGAUGUUGCAGACCACAUUUUUUCUAUGAGGGGUUAUAAUGUUUAGCAAUGAGUAAUUUUACAAAAACAAAAAUGAAUACUUACAAUUUACUUUUUAAGAUGGGCUCCCGAGUGGAACAGCGGUCUAAGGCACUGCAAGAGGCAUCACUACAGUCUCUGGUUCAAUUCCAGGCUGU